CUACCCUUCUACAGUAUCUCUCUUGCAACGUAAUAAUCUGCUUUUGGCGUUGGCCGCCUCUUGAACUAAGCGACUGCCAGUUGAAGAACACAGAUCGCUUUCUUAUCUAUCAAUGGCGGAAGCCCAAAACGACAAAACUCCGUCCCUAGCUGAGGAAUAUUUGUUGAAGGGAAAAGAGGAGAAGGAAGAUGUGACUGUAAAACCUGCGGAAGUAAAAGAGGUUGAGACCCCAGUGACUGCCGAUUCUGAGGAAGUUGUCACUGAGAAAGCUGAGGAAACACCUGCUGCUGCUGCUGUUGAAGAAAGUCCACAAGUCACCCCUGCUCCUACUAUUGAAGAAAGCAGUGAAACCACUCCUGUUUCUCCUGAGGAAAACAGUGGUGAAGCUGCUGUAGCUGCUGCUGAGGAAAGCAGUGAAACUACUGAAAACUCGGGCGAUCAGGAGAAAGUUGAAGAAGAGACACCAGAGAUAAAGCUGGAGACAGCACCUGCAGAUUUCCGUUUCCCAACUACAAAUCAAACAAGGCAUUGCUUUACCCGUUAUAUUGAGUAUCACCGGUGUGUAGCUGCCAAGGGAGAAGGUGCCCCAGAGUGUGAUAAGUUCGCAAAAUAUUAUCGUGCUCUUUGCCCUGGAGAAUGGAUUGACAGAUGGAAUGAGCAACGGGAGAAUGGCACCUUUCCCGGUCCUCUGUAGAUGGUGCUUCUUUUGCGAGCCUGGAUGUCGUUUGCUUCCUGCUGUUAAACCCGAGUUGCCAUUUUGAAUCCAUAGAUAAAAUUCUUGGUUGAGAAGUGAAUUCUCAGAGAUGUUUUCUAAAAUUUAACGA